CCGCGCAAGUCAACAGCCCCGCACGAGUGGUCAGAUGAGAGAUUCGCAGUGCUACCAGAGAUGAUGAACACCUUUUGUGGCAUGAAUUGGGUCAUUGUCAUAUUCUCGACGUUAAGAGUCGAGAAAACCGUAUUGAAGAACGUGCUUCGUUGGGAUCACGUUAAAGUGAUUCCAGGUCGGUGGGAGAGACAUUUUGGAAAGGACCAAUAUGUCGUUCCUGCUGGAAAUCUUCCACUGCGACCUCGGGACUGCAUGACCAUUGUCAUGCAUGCAUCGAACAACGACUACAAGAAGGUGACUGCGCAACCGCGAAACCAUGUCACAUGGUUCAACGAUAACGUGAAGGAGGAUUUAUUUGUGCAAUGCACGAACGAGCAUGUUGGGAUAUCAGGCAAUACAAAAGCCGUGUACGGACAUUGGGAGAGAGAGCCAAAAACAGUGAAGGAAUUGUGCAAAUGGUUCGCAAAGGAUGGCGAAGGUGUGCUGCUGCUCGGGAAUGUGCAGGUCCACAGGCCAGAAAGUCGUUGCCACUUCGAACGGCCCAAAACUCCGUGGCUUCCAGAGAGAGACAUGUACCUCAAGCUUGGCAAGAAUAGGGAAUCUCUAUGGAAAUACUUGUUCAGCAACGCCCCGAAGACUCCAAAGGACAUCGGUUAUAUGCACCGAAAAGUGAUUGCCAUCCAACAUCUCCAAGGCUACCAUGAGGCAAAAAAUUGUGCGAUUGAAAUAUGCAUAGCGAGGUGUGAGCGUUUGUGGUUCAACAAACAAGAGGACAGACAGCGUGCGAAGACAUACGCCGAUGAGCUGCAUGCGGGUGAGCACUUUGAUGUGCUCGACAGCAAGGAGGACACAUCAGUGGACAAUAUGGAUCUGCCUGUACCGGGUGCUCAAGAAGAUAUUCAACAGGCGUUGGACGGUGGCGAGGGUCGCCGGGCAAUGGAGGGGAUAGAAACAGAUGUCGUGGCAAGCUGGAAGAGCAUUCGUGGUGGGGAGCAGAGAUCGUGUGAACAAGGAAUGCAAGGGAGUGGAGGGAAUGAGAUCCGGGGGCCAGUUGGUGCAGGCAAUGCAAGCAAGAACAGCAGCAAAGAAGGAACAUAUGCCGACACACUUUAUGACAAGUUGCGAGAUCAGAACAUGCUGGCGUACAACACAAACUUUUAUGACAUUGAAUCCAGUGUGUCGCACGGUCAGAUCCCUUGGAAAUUGCCAAGUCGAGAAGUGCUGCAAGAGUUUGAAGGUGAAAUACGUCUUGGUAACAGUCAGCAAUUGGGACAUGACGGUGGUCACGCUUCGAUGAGUACAGCGGAACGUCCAUUCACGAGCUCCGUUCAUAGUGACGAGCAAGUGGAUAAGAGGAAUGAUAUGGAAAAAUAUGUGGGCGACAACGACGAGUCAAGAAGAGAUAGAGUACAGGCCGAACAUCAAUCGUUUCACCCCCCAUCGCAACGGGGGGAUUCCACGGUGGACAAAGAGUCAGCGGAUCGCUUUGCAACAAUGGAAUCUCCCAAGGUUUGCACGUGGUUGGAACCACAAAUGGCCACAGAACCAAUGUCCAUGCAAGGACCGGAGCUGACGAGAGAAGAGUCGGUGCCACAAUUGAAGGGGAUAGAAGAUUUGUCAGAGAACACAUCUGAUUUGAUGCUUCAACUGCUUUCUGACGGCGGUGUACUCGAGGGUGGGCCAGUUGGUGUUCAGAGGAAAGAGAACGUUAUGGCCUCGAUGGGAAGAGACGAUGACGAACUUCAACGAACCACGACGGUUGGCGACAAGCAUCAACAGCCCAAGCGCAAGAGAGAGGAUGACGAUGAUGUCAUUGACAUCGGGACACAGUCACGUGAGCAAUUAGGGCGUGGUGAGGACGGGGAGGGCUGACAAAAUGAGAAAGAAUAAGAGGAACAUCACCAUGUGACAUUGCAAAAGG